AUCAUUAUAACAAGAUGGAAACAAGUAGCUAGAGUGGGAGAAUUAAAUCGAGAGACUAAAGUUAUAAUAUCGUCAGUGACACUGAAUCGAGUCAUUUACAUACAUCAGUGACAACCAUGUUAAUUAAUAUACAUUUAAAAUCCAUAUGAAUAUAUAUGAACUAACAAUAGUAAUCGUUGAAUUAUAGUUUUUUUUAUUUUACCAAUUGCUCUAUUAAUACAAAACUAUAAUGUGCUGCGUCUGAUAGAAUUGGAGUACCUAUCUAUAUUGUUUUUUCAUGUAAAAUGUUGCACUCGACAGUUCACUAUUUAACCAAAAAAAAUUUACUGAGAAAUAGGUGAAAAGAUGGAAGAUGAUGCUGACCUCAGGGAACAAUUAUUCCACAAUACUGUCAGGGAGAAUAUUAUAUUUCUUCUUCUGUUUCUCCUGUUAUACACCUCGAGUUACGCGUUUAUCGGCCGAUUUCGACGUAGAGAUCGUGAAGACUAUUUUUCAGUAGAUGAAGAUGAGGCGACAGUUUACAGAAUCAGCCUCUGGCUGUGCACUGUGGCUUUAGCAGUAUCAGCUGGUGCAACAUUACUUUUGCCAGUUUCAAUCGCCAGUAAUGAAGUUCUCAUACUUUAUCCAAACAGUUACUACGUCAAGUGGCUGAAUAGUUCCCUGAUACAAGGCCUCUGGAAUCAUGUAUUUCUAUUCUCGAAUCUCUCUCUGUUCGUAUUUUUACCAUUCGCAUAUCUUUUCACGGAGUCCGAAGGAUUUGUCGGAUAUAAAAAGGGAGUGAUGGCCCGAGUUUAUGAGACCGUGACAGUAUUAUGUCUACUAGGAACACUAGUUCUCGGUAUGACAUAUGUCUUAUCGGCGCUCAUUGAUUAUCAACAAUCAAGUCUCCAUACAUUACUCAAUUUAUGGAGUUACUAUUUGCCUUUUUUAUACUCCUGCGUGUCCUUCGUUGGAGUUGUCAUGUUGUUACUGUGCACACCACUAGGAUUUGUACGACUUUUCGGUGUUGUCGGCUCCUGUCUUGUGAAGCCACAAUUUUUAAAAAAUUUGGAUGAAGAAUUUUUCGCGUAUCGACUAGAGGAAGACUGUUUAAAAAGACGACUUGAACAUGCCCAGUCAACAGGAAAAUCGUACGUUUCCCCAAUGCCAAUGUCACCACCAUCGUGCAACAUUGUACCUGACGAUGAUGAACAGCUUCUUGUUCCAAAUCCAAGUUUAAUGGGCCUGAAGAAUGGGGCCCUCCAGCGUGGCCUUACUCAAAGACUGAACGAUGUACAGAAACGUAGUAAAUUACUUGAUAAACAGAGGAGAACAUGGUGGGUUAGACGAACCCUUGUAUAUCCACUCGCAAUGCUGGCUCUCUUAAUUCUCUCAACGACAACAGCUCUAUUAGCAGUACAAAAUACCCUGGAGCUUCUCAUUGGAAUUAAAGCACUUCCAUUGAGUACAAGGCAAUUCACACUGGGGAUCAGUUCAUUAUCGAAACUUGGACCUAUUGGUGCUGCAGUUGAGGUUGUCGUAAUAUUGUAUUUGGCAGCGACAAGUGCCAUUGGUCUCUAUGGUCUUCCCGGUGUAAGAAGAGUUAGACCACGAAUUCAUUCAACUCCUCUUACCCAUCUCAUUGCUAAUUGCGCCCUUCUCCUAGUUCUCAGCUCAGCAUUACCACUUUUAUCACGUAUACUUGGCAUGACGAAUUUUGAUUUAUUGGGUGACUUUGGGCGCAUUGAAUGGCUUGGUAACUUCAAACUCGUUUUAUUUUACAAUCUAAUAUUUGCAAUAGCUGCUAUUGCAUGCCUUGCCACAAAAUUCACGGCGACUGUUAGGAAGGAAAUUUACACAAGACUCCGUACCAGCAUUAUUGGUAUAUUCAGGUUGGAUGGUAAACGAAACCAGGUGGGGUCAUUCUCUACUAAAGAAGACUAGACUGAUUUUAUCAUUAUAAGAACAUGAUUCUUUGCAUAAUAAUCCUAAUCAUAGUAAUAAUAAAAAUUGAAUAAAUUGAUUGAGGGCUAAUUUUAUUGCAACUUUAAUAUAUUGAGUUGAUAAAAAAUUAUGAGAAUUGCUAUUUCGACUGUUUAAUUAGUAUUACAUGUUGAAAGUGAAACGAUGACAACUCCAAUGAUUAAUCAAUGAUAUUAGCUAUGAUCUCGGAAUGAAAGGAAUAUUAUGAGAUCAAUUUUAGUCUUUUCACAUCCGUCUCUUUCAUUCAAGUAAAAUUAUUUUAUAUAUUUAUAGUUUUAUCAUCCCCCAUUGUAGGUAGAUAUUAUUUUAUAUUGCGUACAUGCUUCCCAUUGUAGAAACGUGUUAGUCAUAGAGUCAUAAUUUUUGUGAUAAAUGCGUGUAAGCGUGUACAUGUAAAGCAGAUGCUCAAGGCGUUUCGAAAAUUGAAAAUUCGUGCUUUAUCAUUUCAAGUGUUUCAGAGAUUAUAAUGAUAUUUUUAAACGAACAAUCAGUGACUUGGAAGAUUGUUAAUGGAGGAGUUUAAAAAAGAGAUGAGAGGAUGAAUUUAGAAUGGAACAGUCGGCAGAUAGAGUAUAGAGUAUAUAAUAUCAAUUAUCAUAAUUAUAAGGCCUUAACAUGAGAUACAAGAUACAUUUUAUAGACAUUUUUAAAAUAAUUCCAUGUGAUAUGUAUUUUCACUCAUAAGACAAUAUUUACUGGUUAACUGCACUCAACAUUUGCGAAUGAUAAUAAAGAAGAAUUAUCGACUCAA